GAAGGGCAGAGCCCGCGCACCCUGGCGGGACGCGGACUCAGGACAGGCCGCGGGCGAGCCGACCUUACCUCUACCAGCGAAGCUCCUGGCGGCCGGAAAUGGACGGUUCUAAGAAUCCGGAAGCCGCGUCCCGUACGAGUCACGUGAAGUUUGAUCAGGAAAAGUCCCUUGGGCGGUCCAUAGAGUCCAGCUCUUCUGACAGUAAGGAUGGCAGCCUGUUGGGGGCGAAGCCUCAGACCGAGAACAUGGAAACAGAGAAGAUGGAUUCGGAGUCGGAGUCCAGAUCGGAGGAAGAAGAGAAGGAGAGGCAGGCCCUAUUGGAUAAGAUAAAGGCGGAGACACCCAAGGUGGAGACACCUAAGCCGAAGGACCGCCCUGGCUUGCAGAUAAAGCUAUCAUCGGCACAGAAGAUCUUGAAGAGCUGGACAGCAAAAAAAAAAAGAGGACUGUACCAGCUCACCGUAGACAUCAUCAUGAUGAGUCGGGUGUGUAAGAUGUUCCGUCAAGGCCUCAGGGGAUUCCGGGAAUAUCAGAUCAUUGAGCCUGUUCAGAAGAAGCAUCCCAUCUUCUCCUUCUGGGAUAAAAAGAAGCAAGGCCGCAUCUCAUUUGAUACCCAGGACUUUGCUGCAGAGGAGGGUCACUUCCCUCCUCGGGCCAUUUCUAUCACACAUAAGAAGCCAUCCUGGAGGACAAACCAGGAGAUCCAAGACCUCUGCAAUAUUCUUAAAGCUCUAGAUUGCUACCGCAACUAUACAGAGUCGCUACAGCUCCUCCUGGCCAAGGUCAUGCGCUUUGAAAGGUUUGGCCGCCGGCGUGUAAUCGUCAAGAAGGGGCAGAGGGGCAACAGCUUCUAUUUCAUCUACCUGGGCACGGUGGCGGUGACGGAGGACGAGGACGGCAGCAGUGCGUUCCUGGACCCUCACCCCACGCUGCUGUACAGGGGCGGCUGCUUCGGGGAAAUGGGCCUUCUGAGCACCGCAGUAAGGAGGGCCACUGUGGUCUGCAUGGAGGAGACAGAGUUCCUGGUGGUGGACAGAGAGGAUUUCCUUGCAAAUAAGCUGGGUGAUGAAGUGCAGAAGGAAACUCAGUAUCGGUACAACUAUUUUAGGAAGUUGGAUAUGUUCCAAUCUUGGUCUGAAGAGAAGCUCUGGAAGCUGGUGGCCUUGGGGAGGAUAGAGAAGUUCUCACAUGGACAGCUGGUGUCUAAAGACAUUACAAAUUCGGCAUUUGUCACAUUUAUCUGCAAGGGCAGCUGUGAAAUCCUGCGAAUGGUAGACCUGGGAGCCUGCCGUGCCUAUUACAAGUGGGUCUGGCAACAACUGGAGCUGUUGGACCACAAGCCUCUGAGGGUUCAUGACAAUGAAAUAUCUCCAAGGGAGAGAUUUAAGGAAUUCCAGAUCAAAUCAUAUCCUCUACAAGACUUCACUUAUUUGAAACUUCUGCGUCUCCAGAAAACCAGAGAGCAACAGGGAAUAACCUUCCACAGGAAGAUCAACAACACAGAAAAUAGUCUCCCCAAGUUGCUGGGCCCAAAGAUCAAAUCCAGGUAUGGUCAUUCAGUCAAAUGUCCCAUGGUCAACACCAAGUUUGGUGAACUCCCCAAGGAGGCUAUAGUGGGGGUCUUCAUGAAGGUCCACAAGACAGAGGAUGGAGAUGUUGUGGGCCUUCACCAGGCCUUUCUCCCAGAAAAUCAGCGAGAACCUCGGUCCUUCAUCCUUCUGAGCUUGGGAUCAGAGUUGAUACGAGUAAGAAAAGAGAAGUUUUAUGACAUGGUUGACGAGGAGACGAAAGCGAAGAUAAUAAAGAUGGACGUGGACUAUCCCAGUGAUGAAGACCUGUGUCAGAGUUUCCUGGAGGAAAACGACUGGACAAUCUUUCGGAAGGAUCUCCUGCGGUUACUGGUGGAGCCCCUCAACCGGCAGCCGUUCAUCCCAGUCCAGACCAAGAAGAAAGAGAUCUACGACCCUAAGGCUUUGUUCCUGGAUUUGUGUAGCCUCGAAAAGAAGGUGAAACAGCGCCAUCCUGUUUUUCUGGCGCCCCAGAAAUACCUGCCCCCCUUGAAGAUCGUCCAAGCCAUCUCAGCACCCCGGCACAAAAUCCGAGAACUCCUGCCUCAGUAUAAAAACGCAGGGGUCCUUGUUUAGAAUAAAUAAAGUCUUUCGGAUUAGC